GAAGGCAGAAGAGAAACCGCCUGCGUCAUUUCAACUUGUUAGUGCCUAUUUGAGGAAGAGGACAGCCAGGCACAUCAAUGAUCAGCUCCUCUUUGGUACUAAGUGGAUAUUCUGAGAGGGAACUAUGAGUCUGGGAUCUAAGUCUAAAGGAGUUCAGGGGUACAGUCCCAGCUCUCUGCUGAGCUCACAGGAGAAUGAGAGGCUGGAGGACCUCCUGGGGAGGAGGUGUGCUUCCCUGGCCACGGCUGUGGUGCAGCUGUAUAUGGCCCUGCCACAUAGUCCCACCUGCUGGAGCCUGCAGCACACUGGGGUGGCCUGCUUCACCAAGGACAACCCUCGUCGCUCCUACUUCAUACGCCUCUUCGAUGUCAAGAAAGGACAGCUGACCUGGGAGCAGGAGCUCUAUAACCAAAUGGUCUACCACAGCCCCCGACCCUUCUUCCACGCAUUUGCUGCAGAUGACUGCCAAGUGGGGCUGAACUUUGUGAAUGAACAAGAGUCUGAAACAUUCCUAUGUGCAGUGGAAGACAAGAUAAACCAGAGAAACCGUCAAGUCUCAGAGAAGAAGCAGCGCCCCCUGCCUUCCAAUGACAGAGGUAAAGGACCUGGGAGUCCCACUUCUCCCUCUGUGGCAACCAUAGACAUCCAGAACCCAGACAUCCAGGCUUCACGUUACCGCUCCGUCACACCUGUGCCUGCUCCUGCCUUUGUCAGUAAGGGGAAAAAGGACAAGAAGAAGGACAAGAGGAAGGGCAGUAAACUCUCCAAAGCAGACAUUGGAGCACCCAGUGGGUUUACACACGUGAGCCAUGUGGGCUGGGAUCCCAACAACCUGGACCCUGACCUGAAGAAGCUGCUGUCCUGUGCUGGGAUCAGUGAGGCUGAGCUGAAGGAUGAGGAGACCUCCCAACUCAUCCAACAAGUCAUCGAGAACUCAGGCGGCAUGGAAGCAGUCAAAAAGGCCAUGCACACUGAUCCUGAGCUUCCCCCUGGUAGACAGGGUUCUCUACCUCCCGUACCAGGCAGCUGUUGCUCCUCUCCUGCCCCCCCUCCUCCACUGGGGGGUCGCUCAGGCCCCCUUCCCCCUCCCCCAGGACAGCCAGGGCGAGGACCACCCCCCCAUCCCCCUCAAUCACGUGGAGCCCUGCCACCUCCACCCCCAAGCGGCCGAGGCGGACUCCCACCCCCUCCACCCUCUGUGUCCUAUACUUCUCCUCCCCCUCCCCCUCCCCCUGGCCACCAGCGCUCCAUGCCUGCCCCUCCUCCACCUCCUCCCCCGCCUCCCCCAGCCCAGAGCUCUGGAGACUUUCCUUCUCCUCCACACCCCUGUAAAAGUCCCCCAUCACCUGCUCCUGCAUCUAUAGGAGGAUGUGAAGGAGGUGGAAGAGGAGCUCUGCUGGACCAGAUCCGCCUGGGGAGGAAGCUCAAAAACGUCACAGACAGUCCUGAGUCACCUCCGCCUGCUGACACAGACUCAGAGGGCAUCGUAGGAGCUCUGAUGAUGGUCAUGCAGAAGAGGAGUAAAGUCAUCCACUCCUCUGAUGAAGGUGAAGAAGAAGGAGGUUAUGAUGAUGAAGAUGACGAUGAGUGGGACGACUGAUAAGUGCAUUCCAUCCUGUAUUAUUUUCCACUCUGUAACCAUGGACUCAACAGUCUGGUUGAUCCGGUUAAUCUCUUUUGUGUUGGUGUUUUUGUAUCAGUUGCUGACUGGAAGGUGACUCACUAAGAUUUACAUCAGAAGAAUGCUACAGAUAAGGAUUGUGUGAAAGUCCCAAAUGUGAGAGAAAUCAACAGAACGUAAGACAGAGAAACGAUUGAUGGGAUCACAUAUCUUUAUAUUUGCCGUUCAAACGUUUCCAGUGUAGGACUCAUGCUGAGUAUUACAGUAUGUUUCUGUACAACACAUUACAGUAUGUUUCUGUACAACACAUUACAGUAUGUUUCUGUGCAACACAUUACAGUAUGUUUCUGUACAACACAUUACAGUAUGUUUCUGUACAACACAUUACAGUAUGUUUCUGUACAACACAUUACAGUAUGUUUCUGUGCAACACAUUACAGUAUGUUUCUGUGCAACACAUUAGAGUAUGUUUCUGUACUACACAUUAUAGUAUGUUUCUGUACAACACAUUACAGUAUGUUUCUGUACAACACAUUACAGUAUGUUUCUGUGCAACACAUUACAGUAUGUUUCUGUACUACACAUUACAGUAUGUUUCUGUACAACACAUUACAGUAUGUUUCUGUACAACACAUUACAGUAUGUUUCUGUACAACACAUUACAGUAUGUUUCUGUACUACACAUUACAGUAUGUUUCUGUACAACACAUUACAGUAUGUUGCUGUACUACACAUUACAGUAUGUUGCUGUACUACACAUUACAGUAUGUUGCUGUACUACACAUUACAGUAUGUUGCUGUACUACACAUUACAGUAUGUUGCUGUACUACACAUUACAGUAUGUUGCUGUACUACACAUUACAGUAUGUUGCUGUACUACACAUUACAGUAUGUUUCUGUACUACACAUUACAGUAUGUUGCUCAAUAUCAUUAGAACAUAUGGUGAGGUCUUCUUCACAGUCUUCGUUAUACCUGUUCCCAUUAAAAGUGACAAUUUGA